AUGGCGUCCAAAAAGGAGCUUCCAGGGUAUCUGAGGAAUACAAAGAGCGCGGAGCGAUACUUUGGUGUGUAUGAGGAAGAUGUGGUCCGGUAUGCGUUCCUGCCCACGUCUUUCGUCCAGCUCAGAAAGCUCCCGGCAAAACUCAAGGCUGGCAUGAUAGAGGAAAUCAGGAGUGAGAAACCAACAAGAGCUGCCAAGCCGUGGCAAACAGAGUCUUCACUUCAGGGAUAUGCAAUAUACAACAUGGACUCUGUUUCUCCACGGCAGAGUGAAAUGCGCAAGAAGCUUUUGGGUACCGUUGAGGGCACACUCUCACCGAGGAGGCAUACUAUCGCCCCCAAGACUUUCUCUUCCUUCGCGCACAUCCCCAACGACUAUGACUUCGAGCGCCAGCAGCGAGCUGCAGAACGAGCGGCAAAGGAAGCAAAGAUAAUCGGGCCGAAGUCGAUGAAGACAGGGGUGCCGGUGACUUUGGACAAGCAAGGAUCGUUUACGCACUUCAGAUAUGAAUCAGAACCGUAUCAGUCCCGAAUAGAGACUUUCCACUCGGCCUCUUCUGCUUCCACAUCUCAAUUUUCACCAUCGAAGAAGCAGUUUGUGCCAGGAGGAAGGCAGAAUGCAAGCAGAGAAACGCACAAGCACAAGUCAUUACAACAUGAGUUGUUAACGAGGCUAUCCGCUACUCUACGUGCCGAUUGGCAAGCGUCUUUCGAGCGCAGCUAUGCUGAUAAGGGCGGGCUGAUUGUCUGUCUAUUCACUGACGACUUCGGAGAAGAAAGCGGUGGACGAAAAGAGCUACUGAGAUAUAUGUACAAUCUAGUCAAGUCGCAUCCAGCAUCAGUUGAAUACGUAUUGAGAAAGCUACCUUCUCGAUGGGGCAAGCGCAGCAAUGGCUACAUUGAGUUCGUUUUGCAACCUCCAUGGGUAUCUCUAUCGCCAUACGAGUCUUAUUUGAGGACUCAUGUGGAAGAGACGGUCAAGAUCAAGGAUCGUCAAGGAAAGCAUGACAGAUACUGUCCUCCAAGUGGCAGACUUGCCAUUCAACCGCAGACUCCGGGCGGAAAAGUUAUCAAGUAUUACCUAGGAGGGCCAAGCAGGAUGAAUGCCUGA